AUUGCAUGAUAGUUUAUUGCCUUAUUAUUGUUCAGAUUUAAUUAUUUGUCUUCAAAUAUGAAUAAUUGUCAAUGGAUUGUCCCAUAAACAAUAAGCGGCAAUGCUGCCAAAUCAGAAAAUGUCUGUCCAAAAUUUUUGGCAUGACGCGGACGACAGUGCAUACACGUUUUGUGACUACACGUGUCUCCAUUAUUGUCAAGUAAACGUCAAGUUCGGUCAAAUAUCUCUAGACUAGUCAGCUGGCGUGGCCGGAGCUAGUCUCAAAUCCCUAGAUGUUUUGUGUAGCUAUAGCUAGUUUUAUUUUAGGCAGUUCUUCAAUAUUUAUGAAAUUCAAGUGAAUAUGGCUACAAAGGGGUUGUAUUAUACCCCUCCAGGAACUGAUGGGUUAGAUCAUGCCUAUAGACAACGUGUAGCAGGCCAUUAUCAAACAAGUGCUUUAAAUAAAUCAAGACUUAAAUACUGCAUAUUCUUCCACUAUCUCCUAUUUUUUGCUAUGCUAGCAAAACUUUCUGCAGAUAUACUAGACAAAUUAGACAUAUUUAUAUUAGAAAUCGAAGAACUUGCCAUUCCUAAGCCCUUAUGGUGGGAAUAUAUAUGGUGCAUUAGUCUACUUUUGUCAUUUUUGGGAUUAGAUGCCAUCAAACGCAAUAAAAUUGCACCACUCAGAAGCUACAUGCUUGGACUUAUACUUUUUGGACUUCUCCCAUUGUUUUAUGCUAUUCUUUAUUAUUUCUCUGAUGUCUGGACAUACCUAAGAUUUGAAGAUGAGGAGGAAUUAUCCCAAAUCCACAUAUGGCAGGGCUACCCAUAUGGAUUGCUGUGGUAUGCAUUUAUACUUUUGGCACUCCAAGUUCAUGCAUUCUCUUUAUACUUUGCAUGGAACCUAAUAACAGCUUGGAGAUCUAGGGGAACUAAAAAAUAUGAAUAGUAUGGCAAAUCUUUAUAGUUACUUUAUGUGAGAAAUUUAAUUGUUGUUUUUAUCAUACAUUAUACACAAUUGAUUGAUUUUACUGUUAAAAAUUGUGGUGUUUGUCAAAAAGGUCCCCUCCCCUACUUAUUUGUUGAAUGAAUCAAGUUAGAAAACUGAAAUUCCACCAGUGGCAGUUGAAAAUUUCAAGAUGGUGGCUGCACACACCAUUUAAUAACUUUUUUUAAAUGUAAUGGGGGUUGUAUGAUAACUCUUUUUGAAUCUCCUUAUGAGUAUUUUAUUACUCAAAAUUUAUGACUACACUUCAUCAGUUCAUAAAGGAUUUAAUUCAGCACAAGUUACACCCUCCACAAAAAAAUUAAGAACAUGUACAACAUAGAAAUUGAGUGGGUCAAGUCAGUCAAGCAGAUCUGUACAAUUAGUGCAGAGACGUUAUUUCGCUGCCCUACCUGUAGUUGCCCUUCAUCUGGCAACGUGGACCCUUUCGAUAUCGUCUGGAGCGGCAACGUUUACGCUCUACUGCAGUACGAGCAGAACAGUCAACCAGACCGGUACGCCGAGCGGUGAGCCCAGAUGCCAGAAUGAGAUACAUAACGAAAAAAUAUCUGUCAUUUUAAGUUUUAAAGACAAAUGAACGUGGAAACCUAUGAUGUCUAAAAUAUGUUUCGUGGGUUUGAGAGCAUAUAAAUAUACUAUAAACAAAUUGAGAUAUUUCCUUCCCAACCCCUUACAACCCCCAGCAAAAUGUUUUGAACAUGUUCAGGAGCUUCUGGAACGUCAAAAAUAGAUAGAUUUUUGUUUUUUUGAGUUUUUAUUAACACUGAACCGAUUCUGAAAGACUAUAAAGCUUUUUCGUCCCUGGCAUAGUAGUGGUCUUGUUUAAAAAUGUCAUCCAAAUCCAAGCGGUACUUCCCAAGUUAUAGGUGGUUAUAAGAAUAGCCGACUGACAGAAAUGAUUUUCCAUGAUGUACAUAUCGUAAACAUCUCAUUUCCGAAAUGUUUCUGAAUUACAAUACUUCCUCGCAGUGUAGAAGGAAGUAAAGUGUUUUAAGAUGGCUGUCAUUUUUACGUUGAAACAUAGUGUUCAUGCAUCAAUUUCUUUACCCCAAAUUUCAAUUUUCUAACUUGACCCGUUCAAAAAAUACUUUGAGAAGAACCUUUUGAAAAGCACUGUAUGUUGAGCUAUUAUGCAUAUAAGUACAGAUAGGAAAGGCAUUAUACAUUUUAGAAUGUGGCAAUAUUUCUAGGUUAGAAAGUACAUUCAAAUAUAUUAUAAAUGUAGGCCCUAAAAUGUCUAAUUACCAAAAUACAGAGUGCUGUAAAUUUUCAUGCCACUGAUGAGGCUGAAUAAGGACAAAACAUGAAUAUUGUCCAAAUAAUACUGUGGUAAGUUAGGAUUAUUCUUCCACUUUACUACAUACAAUUUUCAAUGCCAAACUUUACUUAUCUCAGCAAGUGUUCAAAGUAGAACGGGUUGGAGGUUUUUUUAUGUGGAUUCUAUCUAAAAUAUUCAGAGACAGAUUAUAACAAGAUCUCUCUCUUUGGGGACAGAACACUGAUGCUCUUAAAUUUUCAAUCACCAACAUUCCCUUUCUCCAGAAGCACUUAGGCCGCCUCCGCCACCACGUCUUCUGCUCUCCAGCACAGGCCACGCCCCCCGCUUUCCAAUUAAGUAUUUUAUAUAAAUUUGGAACAUAACAUGUCCUGUAACCGAUUUAGCACAAGACGUGCUCAAAAUUUCACUUUGGAUCAGCUCAUCCCUUAUGUUAUCCUGAUCUGGAUUUUUUGUGGAUUUCCUAUGAACCAGUCUGGGUAGGUAUAAUUUUGAUUUGCGACUUUCAGGAAUAGUGUAAUUAUCUCAGGCUCGAAUAUUUUUGUACGUAUUGGCUAUGAUGUAAGUACUACAUAAUUCAAAAUUUCAAGUCAAUAUCUCCCUGAAGAUAUUUUUUUCGAAAUUACCAUAUAAUUUAUGUAUCUCGGUAAGGGGAAAUUUUAGGACCUAUAUUUAUAUGAAUUUAACGAGUUAUUUUUUGAUGCCCAAGAUAUAUUGCCACGUUUUUCAAAGAACACCUUAUAUAUUUUGAGCAAUACAGGUUAUAGCUGCAGAUUUAAACAUUCAUCAAUUGAAGGGUACAGGGGAAAAAUGAAUGUCACAAAAAGUUAGUUUCGAGAAAAGUGAAUGUAAAAGUUUGAAGACUCCUAGACUCGUUGUACAGGGUGGGCCAAAGAUCUGACGGAAUACCAUAGAUUCCUUAUUAUAAGAAAUUGAAAAAAACUUAAAUUAUAAAUAAAAAAACAUUUUCUGAUAUACAGGGUAGCCCAAAGUGAAACCAGAUCAAACAUUUUUUAAUGGAAAUCAUUUUUAUUUUUGUAUUUUGAGAUUCUCCUUAUGAUUUUAAGCACUUUUUGGGUUAGCGUCCAUGCCUGAAUUCAACUUUGAGAUAUUGAGACUAGAAAUGAGCUUUUCGUCAUAUGCGACACCCUGUAAAAUCUGAUGGUUGAUUUGACCAGCAAAAUGCCUAUCUUGGGUUUUACGAUCUGUUCUAAUAUGAGAACUACCUUAACAAGAAAUUUAUUACACCGAGCCUUGAACAUAAUAAAUUUUCUAAAUUCAACAGCUCAAACACAGAAGUAUUUUUUUAAUUGGUCCAGGAAAAAAUGAGCCAAAAAAAAUCUUUAUUCAAAAGAAAAUAGCACAAACAAAACAAUCUUUAAUGGUAACUGCUUAAAAAUGGUUACUUAACGUUUAUUUCUUUCGUCGCAGAUUGGUGUUUGGUAAAUUGUUUCAGUGAUGAUCAGUGUGACAUUCAUGUGUUUCCCUGCACUGCUAGUUUUCAAUUGGGUAAAAUUGCGAAAUGUCAUUGUUUUUGCGUGUUUCAUCUUUUUCCUCCUGUGCCCUUCACUGCAAAUUAUUUACAUGAGCCUCCAUUCGAUUAUACCAUAUCCAAAAUAGCGCCCAGCUAACAUUUUAGACUUUUUAGCUAUCUCUUUUUACAAUAAAUUCAACUUGCAGACUUGACCCAUUCAAAAAUUAAAUGUAAUGCGGGAGGGAGAUUUUGAGAAAAUCACUGAGCUGAAAAUAUUUCUUUAUUAUUGAAUGUUUGCCAGUGAAGAUCUAUAACUGCACUACAAUCUGUGAUGCCUGUUGUUUAUUUUUAUUUAUUGUAAUUUAUGUAGAGGUAUCUAUUUAAAUGACUUUUGUCUUCUGUCCUUUUGGCAGAGCGGCAGAGUCCCAUUUUACUUGAAAAAUAGCAUUGGUGUGUGUUCAUUUAUUUUUGACCAACAUAUUGUUAUACACUUUCUCCUGUGCAUAUUUUUUGUAUGCAGGUUUUUUGUGUACUAAAAAUAUAUCUUUUGGAAGUUUAAAUAAAUUAUAUAUUUUUUAA